GUCUGCUGGAUCCUUUGCCUGCUACAAAAUUCCUGCGCAACAGAAACAACGACGCCAACAAAAACAAGAACAACAACAAGAACAAAAAGAACAACAAGAACAACAACAACAAGAACAACAACAACAAGAACAACAAGAACAAGAACAACAAGAACAACAACAACAAGAACAAGAACAAGAACAACAAGAACAACAACAAGAACAACAAGAACAACAACAACAACAACAACAACAACAACAACAACAACAACAAUGGCGAAGACAAAGUGAAUCAUUCUAAACAGGCAACAAUGGCGAAGACAAAGUGAAUCAUUCUAAACAGGCAACAA